AUGCUACUUGUCGCGCUGACGCCGGACUAUACCGAGGGCGGAUCGAUUUCGACCAAGCUAGCGGGUAUCGUUCUGGCUAGUUUGUCUAGCGGAGGUGGGGAAUUGAGUUUUCUCGGCUUGACGCACUUCUAUGGACAUUUUAGUUUGGCUUCCUGGGGUAGUGGGACUGGUGCUGCUGGGUUGGUGGGAGCUGGUGCAUAUGCGCUUGCGACGACGUCGUUGGGGUUGAGUGUCAAGUCUACGCUGCUGGUGUCGGCUUGUUUGCCGGCCGUUAUGUUAAUGAGCUUUUUUAUAAUUCUGCCGCGGGGUAUGUUGCGGUUGGUGCCUGUGCAAGCUGGCUAUGCUGCGGUUGACGGAGGGGAUGGGAUCGAUGAGGAGCAUAUUGGAGAUGAUGAUCGAAAUGCUAUUCUGAACGAGCGUGAGGGCCUUCUCGGUUCUUCGAUACAUUCAGCGGAUAGUGGGAAAUUGGGAUGGCAGAAUAUCAAAGCCAAUCUGCACCGUGUCAAAGGACUUUUCUUCCCUUUUAUGCUUCCGCUUCUACUGGUCUACGUUGCCGAGUAUACUAUCAACCAAGGUGUCUCGCCAACGCUGCUGUUUCCGCUCAAAGAUUCUCCAUUUUCGCGCUUCCGUGCCUUCUAUCCGGCAUAUAACGCUAUCUACCAGGUUGGCGUUUUUAUUUCCCGCUCAUCGACACCGUUUUUCCGGAUUCAUAAUCUCUACUUCCCGUCCAUUCUCCAGGUCAUUAACUUGGUACUACUGACUCUCCACGCACUGUUUGACUUCAUUCCCAGCGUGUAUCUUGUCUUCGUGAUCAUCUUCUGGGAGGGACUUCUUGGCGGUCUAGUCUAUGUCAAUACUUUUGCUGAAAUUGGUGACCGGGUUCCACCAGAGGAUCGUGAGUUUUCGCUUGGAGCGACUACAGUCAGUGACUCAGGAGGUAUUUGCAUUGCUGGGUUUAUUGGCAUGGUGUUCGAGGUGUGGCUUUGUGAUUGGCAGGUUGCGCAUGGGAAGGAUUACUGCCAGAGGACGUAG